AUAUAAGAUUUUUUAGCAUAGAUAAUCAAAUUCUGUGUAAGAGUGUGCAGAAGAACCCUAAGCAAUGGCGAUGAUGCAAGGAGUCCAAAAGAACACUCUAUACGUCGGAGGUUUAGCGGAAGAGGUAAACGAAUCAAUCCUCCACGCGGCGUUCAUACCUUUCGGAGACAUUAAGGAUGUGAAGACUCCUCUUGACCAAGCCACUCAGAAACAUCGCUCCUUCGGUUUCGUCACUUUCCUUGAAAGGGAAGAUGCUUCCGCCGCCAUGGAUAAUAUGGACGGUGCUGAACUUUAUGGACGUGUUCUUACUGUUAAUUACGCCCUUCCUGAGAAAAUUAAGGGUGGUGAACAAGGCUGGGCUGCUCAACCAAUUUGGGCGGAUGCUGAUACUUGGUUUGAGCGCCAACAACAAGAGGAGGACAUGCGUCGUCUUGAAGCAGAGAAUAAAGCUGCCAUGCUGGCUGCUGAAGAACUGCAUAGGAAGCAAGUAGCUGAAGAGCGAGAAGGAGAGAAAGAGGAAAUUGAGAUCAAGGAUGAUCCAAUGGCAAGGGCUGAAGCAGAGGUUGUUGGAAAUUGAGGCCAAGGAAGAUCUCAUGGCAAGGGAUGAAGCAAAGGUUGUUCAACAGAAAGGCCAAUAACUUGUUAUUUGUAAAUCAGAAGGAGCACUUGGUAAGGGAAGCUUGAUGCAUUUUUUCAUUGGUUCGCCUCAUCUGUAAUGUGAGAUAAAUUCUGAUUCAUGGUGAAACAAAAUCCUCUACAGAUUAUGAAACAGGAUAGCUGGGGUACUCGUGAGUGAAACAAAAUAUUGUAUUUUCACCUGUCCAUUGCCUCACUUGUAUUGUUAAAAUUCUCCUGUUUGGCCAGACUAAUAUAUGGUUCAUGACAUUAUAUAGGAUUUUAACUGACUUCGUAAAUUUAUAAUAUUAUACAAAGGAUUCCAUGGAUUUUAAGCAA